AGAUUGAGAGAACAUAAUCCAAACACAAGCAAGCAAACAAAUCCAUCAUCUCUUCGUCCUCAGCACACACCAGGAUUAUCAGAUGGUACUUAAGAUGGAAAUCAUCUCCAAGGAGUCCAUCAAACCUUCCUCUAAGACGCCCGCUAGCCUCAGGACCUUUCAGCUCUCUUUGUUAGAUCAAAUUGUCCCACCUCUCUAUGUCCCACUUAUUCUUUUCUACUCACAUGACAAAAGUAGUAGCAACGUCAAGCUAGCUGAGAUUUCCCCUCUCCUGAAAAGAUCGCUUUCGGAUGCAUUAGCUCUCUACUACCCAUUAGCUGGAAGGAUGAAAGGCGAAAGCUCAGUCGAUUGCGAUGAUCAAGGCGUUCAUUACCUAGAAGCUCGGGUUGACACCCGCCUCUCAGAAGUUAUCGAAUCGCCAAAAGUUGAAGUCUUAGAUCAAUUUGUUCCAAGCACAAGCAAAGAGAGUGAUGGCGUGGUCCUAGGCAUACAGUUGAACUACUUCAUCUGUGGGGGUAUAGCUAUUGGUAUAUCCUUUUGCCACAAAAUUGCUGAUGCAUGCACGUUGAGCAUGUUUGUCAAGGCAUGGGCAGCAACUGCGCGUGGCGACACCAAUUUGGUGGCUCCGAGUUUCGUCGCGUCCUCUCUCUUCCCACCCAAAGAACCAUUUGGGCUGCACAUGGCCCUUGAUAGCCCGAAACAGGGGGCCGACACUCGAAGGUUUUGCUUCAGUAGCUCAAAAAUAGCUGCUCUGAGAGCUGAAGUCGGAGCCAGUACGGUGGUUCAACCAACCCGUGUUGAGUUGGUAACGGCAGCAAUCUGGAAGUGGGCCAUGGCUCGAAAAGGGCAUGACCGAUGCCGCCUAUCAGUGGUAUGUCAUGCGGUGAAUUUAAGGCGGAGGAUGGAUCCCCCUUUAUCGGAAUAUGCCUCGGGAAACCUCCUCUGGGGAGCGUAUGCAUUGGGAAACAGUGAGAUGGAUUUCGGUGGCCUAGUGAGUAAGAUGAGGGAAGCAAUCGGGAAAAUCGACGGUGAGUGUUUGAAAGAGUUGCAAGGGGAAAAUGGACAUGAUACGGUUGUGAGGCAUUUUCAGAAGGUAGGGGAGUGGUUCUUGGACAAGGAAGUGGAUCGCUUCAUGUUUAGUAGUUGGUGUAGGUUUCCAAUUUACGAGUCGGAUUUCGGUUGGGGCAAGCCUGUUUGGGUGAGUAGCGCAAGUAUGGGCGCUCCAAACGCUAUUGUGUUGAUGGAUUCCAUGAGUGAUAUUGGCGGAAUAGAAGCAUGGAUCACACUGGACGAAGUUGAUAUGAUGAGAUUUGAGCAGGAGGCCCCCAACUCCUUGCUUUUGCCUCCUAUAUUGUGAAACAUGUAUUGGACUUUCUGUCGGAAUUUUCGGAAUUCAUGGUCAAUGAAUCGGGCAUUCGGGGGGUCUCUUUAGGCAACCGGAAGGUCACCCGUUCAUUCAUCGAAUUCGGACAUGAUAUCAUAUAUACAUCGAAUGUGGUGGUGUUGGCAGACAGGUUCAAUUUACCAAGGCAGUCUUUGGUUAUGUUCCAUAGGUUGUGGUUCUAGUCGUUUAAUAAUUUUUUUUUCUCUUUGUUAUUUUUUCAGAGAUGGUAAUUGUUCUUCUCUUUUCUCUUGCUAAAAUAAAAAUGUUACUACGAUGCAAUUUGUUUUAGAUGUUAAUGUUU